GUUAAGGUACUGAGGUCGUAGUUUUAGGGCCGCGUCCAAAGAAAGAACUUCCUUCACAAGCUGAACGAUGCAGAAUCUACCACCAACUAAGAAUACGAGCGACGAAAUAGAAGAUUCUGCUAGUUCAGAGCAUUCCAUUGAACAGACCGGAGGUCAUCCCAAAAAAGAAAACGGUGAUACGGCGGCGAAUCUGGGGAGUAAAAAAACAAAACCGGAAGAUUCACCUACUAAUUCAGGAUGUAAAAAAAUAAAACCGGAAGAUUCACCUACUAAUUCAGGGAGUAAAAAAACAAAACCGGAAGAUUCACCAACUAAUUCAGGGUGUAAAAAAAUAAAAACUGAAGAUUCACCUACUAAUUCAGGUCAUAAAAAAGUAAAAACCGAAGCUUCAUCGACGGUAGUUGCAGAAACAGAAGUCAUCAAAACCGAAGUAGUAACAGCGGAAGUAGCAACGACCGAAUUAGUAAAAACAGAUUUAGUAGCAACAGAAUUUGUAAUACCCAAAGCUGUAAUACCCAAAGCUGUAAUACCCGAAGUUAUAACACCCAGAGUUGUAAUACCCGAAGUUGUAAUAACCAGAGUUGUAAUACCCAAAGUUGUAAUAACCGAAGCUUCUUUUUAUGAUCAGCCAGAUCCUGAAGAAGUAGGAGCCCAAGCUUCUGCAAAGCCAGAAGAAAAUGGAGAUUGCCCUGAAGACUGUGCUAGUCCAGAACAAGCAAGUAAUCACCAAGAAAGUUCUACACAAACAGUGAAAGAAUUUUUAACUCAAGGAGAUGGCGGGGAAGAACCUCCAAGUCCAGAAAUGGAAAAACUAAUGUUGGAAGCAGCCUUUGAAAGAUGGGACCAAAAGCACAAAGUGCAGGGUGUCCUAAGCAUAACCAAGGAGAAGGCAGUUCCAAAAGGAGAGAAUUUCCUCUCUAUUGUAACGAGGCUAACUGUAAAAGUAGUCCUAGGAAGUGGAAGGCAGGUUACCAAACGUUUCAUACUGAAGGAAUUUCCCAAGGAUGAAAUAACAAGGAGCAUAUGUAAAAAUUCAGGGAUCUUCAAGUUAGAAACAAACACAUAUAGGAUAGCACUUAAAGAAAUGGAAUAUCUGAUGGCGGAAUUUGGAGACACAGAUGAUGUACUUUGGUGCCAAUUAAUUAAAUAUGAUCCUUUCUCCACUAUACUUUUAGAAGAUUUAACAGAUUACGGUUUCAAAACUGUUAAAAGGCAGUCAUGCCUUGACUAUGACCAUGGUAUUCUUGCUAUCAGAAAUAUUGCCAGAUUUCAUGCCAUGGCCAAGGUACUUCAAGAAAGAGGUAUUAUCAAUGCAACUGAAAAUCUUCCUUAUUCCCUCAUAAGUCAUCCAGGUACGGUGAAAAGUUUCUUUUACAAAGGAUAUGAAGCCGUCAGUAAAGGAAUAAAAAAGUACUGGGGAAAAGAAUGGGCUGAAAUUGCUGAAAAGCUGAGGUUACCAUUGAAAUACUUAGAAGAAAAGAUGUUGGAUAUCGGGAAAUUGGUUGAAAACCGAUUUUAUGUCUUGAAUCAUGGUGACUGUUGGUCAAAUAAUUUAAUGUUCAAAUAUGAUUGGAAAAAUAAACCCAUCGCUGUAAGAUUUUUGGAUUUUCAAGCACCUCAUUAUAAUUCUCCUGCAAUUGAUCUAACAUAUUUUUUGCAUCAGAGUAUGGAGCCAUCAGUAAGAAGAUCCCGAUUCAAUGAACUCUUAGAGAACUAUUAUGAAUCAUUACUACUUACUUUCAAUAAGUAUAAAUAUACUGGUCCAGUUUUUACAUUUGAAGAACUAACAGAUGAAAUGGAGCGGGUAUCUUUUUUUGGCCUUAGUAUGUUUACAAUCAGACAUGCUGUAGUCACUACAGAUAUGGAUGAUGCUAUGGACUUGGAGAAAAUUUUUCUUACAGAAGGAGAAGAGGGGUUAAAUAUUGAUAUAUAUAAAGAUCUUGCUCUCAUUGAUAGGAUGGGCCCAGAUUUAAAACUAAUAGUAGCUUUACAUGCAACAUGAAUUCAAUACUAUAUAUUAUUGUAAUACAAUUGUGUUACCAAUUCCAAUUGACGAACCUUUAAAAAAGGAAGAUUGGUAUUUUUAUCCUGUAAAUAUGAAUAUUUAUUAAAAUUUUUAUAAGUAUUUUGUUAACUGUAACUAAAGAUAAUCAAUGCCAUAUGAAUAUUGUAUGAACAUUAAGCAAAUAUUUUAAAUAAAUAAAUAUAAAACUAUCCAAAAUAG